CCAGAGGGAGUCACACACUGUUAAACUUUAAUAUAUUUUAUGAGACAGUCUGGAUUCUUUUCACUAAUGAAACACAGUUUGUGAUGAAGACUUGGAGGAAUGAAACUAAUUCAACAUCUGAGUCUCCUCCUACUGACUGCAGAGGUGUCUUCAUGACAGAGAACUGUUUGAUUCCAGCUGUGAACAUCAGACCAAACAACUCACAAAACGUAUUCAUCCUGAACAUUCAUAAACAGCAUUUCACCUCUGCAGACAUGGAAAAACUCACUGCAAUUCUGUUCUGCUUCACUCUCAUAGGUAACACGAUGGAAGAUGAUAUUACUGCCAGCAGUGCUGAAGUCUUUUCAUCAGAGGGCCGUAGUGUUACUCUGUCCUGUACCUAUUCAGUUCAAGCUGAUAAUCUCCAGUGGUAUCGACAGGAUCCUGGAUCAGCUCCUCAGUUCCUUCUCCUGAUCACUGAUACAACAUCGCCUUCAGUAGUGGAAGCAAAACCUCCUCACCCUCGACUGAAUGCUACACUGAAUAAGGAGAAAAAUCAAGUUGAUCUGAAGAUCAUCUCAGCUGAAGUGUCUGACUCUGCUGUGUACUACUGUGCUCUGCAGCCCACAGUGACAGGAAACACCAAAACUCUGUACAAAAAUCUUUGGAGCAAAGACAACACAAUACUCCACAAAAUCCACCAGAGGGAAUCACACACUGAUAAACUUCAGGUAAAUUACAAAUUGUUGAGAGAUCUUCAACAGAUG